CCAAGAAGGGUGACGGACCACCAUCCAAUCAAGGGGAAAUAUAUAGCUACAGCAGCUAUAAUCCAGCUAUAUGACAUUUCUUUAAAUAUAUAUAAUUGGACGAAUUGGCUAGCUAACGUCAUAGUUCACAAAAGCUCAUCUGUCAGACCAUCGUAAUUGUUUAUGCAGUGGGAGCAUGUAUUGAAGAACAUUAUUCUGGAAUAUUUAAAAAAAAAAAUGGAACUGGUUCACAUCAAAGAAGAGCCUUUUGAAUAUGAAUUGGGAUUGGAAGUAGAAGAACAAUUUCAAGGAGACUCCAAACUGGGUUCUGAUGGAAGAACUCAGGAAAGCAGCAUAUUAGAAUUCCCGGAAAAAAAUAGGCGUGGAUAUCGGUCCAGACCAAGAGCUGGCUUUGCAAAGAAAAGAUUGCUCAGUUUGGCAAAGCAUUUUGAUGAAGAGGAACCAAGACGAACUGAGCGGAAAAGUAAAAUGUGCCAAAAGGAUUAUGUCACAUUGACUAAAAGCAGACGCCAUGAUGAGAAAAUCCACGGUCCUUGUAAAAGCAGUAGUGCUGUAUUAAACAAAGAUACUAAUGGUGAUGUUGGCAUUAACCAGCACACCAAUGCCACCAGUGUGAAGGAGAAAGUAAAACAAAACCCUAAUAUAAACAUAAUUUACAAAGAUUGUAAAAGCAUCUCUGAUCAUAAGGUUAACAGUGACCAAAGCAAUCAUUUGAACUCUAUUGAUGAAAUGGACCCUUCAGUUGGUAACAGUCUCAUUAACUGUGAGAACCUAAACCCAGAAAUAAAUAUAGAAACUGCUCAGGAGAGUGUAGCUGAUCCUGUGUUUGACAGUUCGCAGAUAAUUACAGUCAAAAUCAAAGAGGAAGAAUAUAAUAGUGAAUUUGAAGGCGGGGAACAAACAGGAGAGGACAUGUCUGGGAACAAAAGUGAAGAAAAAACUAUUCUACCCACCAUCCCCAAAUACGGACGAAGGGACAAGAUCCAUCCAUGUUUAGUUUGUGGUAAAGUUUUUGACAGAUCGUACAAUUUGAAGCAGCACAGUAGGGUCCACACAGGUGAGAAGCCAUACAGCUGUCCGCUCUGUCUAAAAACAUUCACCCAGUUGGGCUCUCUUAAUAAACACAAGCAUAGCCACAGUGGGGACAAACCAUUUCUUUGUCCCAUCUGUCUUAAGACAUUUGCCAAUUCCUACAGUUACAAACGACACCAGCAAAUACACGCUGGAAAGCGACCGUGCUUCCUGUGUACCGUCUGUGGGAAGAGCGUCAGCACGGAGGGCAGUCUAAAAAAGCACCAGAGGACUCACUGCGGUGCAAAAUUGUACUGCUGUGCCUGGUGUGGUAUGACCUUCAGUCAGUCUGGGGACCUCAAAAAACACCAGCAGGUGCACGCGAGAGGGAGGCUGUAUCACUGCGUUCGGUGCAGCAAGACUUUCAGUCGGGAGGAAAACAAGAAGUCGCACCUGUGUGUUUUGCCCACUGGGCAAUAUUCCCAGUGUGGUGAGCGUUUUUGCUCCGAGAAUACUUUGAAAGGUCAUCUUAAGGAUCACUGUGGACAGCCAGUGAGAUGGAAGAGUCUAAACAGCAAGGCAGGUGAAAAGUUGGACAAGGACGUGGGAAGCGGCUCGCCAUUCGCAGUUUUCUCCAUCCAGAUUAAAGAGGAAGAAACGGGAGCAGAGAGUCAUCUCGAGGAGGAAGAACUGUUUGAAACGGAGAAGUCUGAUUUCGGCGAGGCAGGAAAACAUACUAGAACUCAAAUGCUCCUUUCCAAUAAACCUCGAAAGAACCGUUUUGGAAAAUUACAAAGCUGUGAGACACAGUCUGUGUGUACUGAAGCAGAGAGGCCGACUCCCCAAACUGGGGAAGUUAGUCCUCAUUCAGUAUCAAGAUGCAAAUCACAGAAGCGUAGUCACAGUGCUGAUCCAGCGCCUGAUGUGCCCCAUUCCCUAGUGCUUGGCCGCCGGUCACCUUCCCCUCCACCCUCCCCACCUUCCCCUCCACCCUCUCCACCUUCCCCUCCUCCCAAUCUCCUCAUGUCUUCCCUCUGCUCCCCUGAUAAAAUACACACGCCCCCCUCAUGUCCCUCACCAGCUGUAUCUCCUCUCUCUCCGAUAGUCAGGUCCUUCCCCCAGCCUUCCUCUCAACCCCCGAAGCCGCACCCUUGCCCGUCUUGUCACAAGUCUUUUUCCUGUGUGAAAAACCUGCGCAAGCACCAGAGGAUUCACUCUGGACGUGGAGUGUUUACCUGUCCCACCUGUCCGCUCAGUUUCCUGGCCGAGGGCAACCUCAUCACGCACAUGAGGGUGCACACAGGUGAACGUCCCUUCAUGUGCAAAAAUUGCCCAAAAACAUUUAUGAGGAAGUCUGAUUUAAAAACGCACUCAAAAUUGCACUCUGGUCAGAACCUUUUCACAUGCUCUUACUGUGCCAAGUUCUACACAUCUAAUAAUGACUUAAAGAGACAUUUGCUUGUUCACACUGGGGAAAAACCAUACAGCUGCCCCUGCUGCUCUAAGAGAUUUAGGCAGUGGGGUCAUGUAAAGGUACACAUGCGUGUCCACACAGGAGAGAGACCUUACUGCUGUUCACAGUGCGGAAAGAGCUUCAGCACUGGCUCCAGCCUGAAGCUCCACCAGCGCAUUCACACCGGAGAGAAACCCUACUGCUGUACUCAGUGUAACCGGCUUUUCACCAGGCUGUCUCACCUGAGAUUGCAUCUGAAUACACAUACAAAGUGGGAAGGAAGGACCAAUGGGAUGUCUGUGGCUGCACCUUUAGUGGAAAAGGAGUGAGUCAUUUAAAGAAACAAGUAUUCAGCUGUUGGAUAUAAUGUAUUUAAGUACUGAAGUGUUGAGGAGGGCACUUUCUGGUCAAAAACUGCAUUUUUAAAAGAUAUCGUUCAGUCAACAGUCACUUGACAGCAAGUAGCAAGAUACCCUUUUUGUCUUGGAGAACCACAGGCUUGACUUGAUAUCGCAUUAUACAGUGUGUUUUAGUAUGCUGUAGUGUAGUGAGCCAUACUUACACUAUGUUUGAUAGUUGAAUGUUACUAUAGCUAGCUUUGUUAAUGGUUUGUCUCCACAGUCAGUUAAGUUAAGAACUGAAUGGUAUUAGAAAUGGGUGAUUUGCCUUUUUCUGAAUAAAUUUGAAGAAUGAACAAAC